AUGCCGCAAGAAACGCUCACUUUCCCACCGCUAUACUGCAUCGUAGGCGCGUAUCGCCUUGCGCACGAUCCUUCGUUAUGGAAACCCAUGUGGGCCAAGUGCUCCCACGCCGCCAAGCAAGCCGGAACCGUUGGACUCAUCUGGGCAGUCCUCACAUGGCCAUUUCAACGCCUUUUCGUCUACUACUUCAUGUCGGCGUCCGCUUCGGUCACCGGAUUGAGUGCGAUCUAUGGUAGAGUCGUCCAAACGGCAGAUGUGACAGACGACAAGUUGCCUUUUCGAAUCCCCGUGCCAUCGCUACAAACGUUUGCAACAUUCAUGUUUGUCAUUGGCCAGGUACAUGCCAUCAUGGAGUUCUGGUUGAGACGCAAGCUGCGAGAAUGCAGGAAUACGGCGUAUGUCCAGACGGUCAGGUCGAGGGGCAAAGCGGCAGACUGGUGGACCGAGUACGUGGAAGAGUUUUCGAAUCCUCCCACGCAAAAGGCAAUCAAGGAUGCCAAGAAGCAGGCAUGGUAUCUCAAGAUGGCUAGUCCUCUGGUGCGAUUUGUUAUCCUCAAAGUCUUUUUGCUACCGAUGGACUUUGUCCCCUUGUUUGGAAUGGCCUUGGGCGCUGCGCUGCGCUCGCUAACUUAUGGCCGUCUCCUGCACAAAAGUUUCUUUGAGGCGAAACGAAUGUCACCCUUCCAGAUCGAGCUAUGGAUCACCGAGCGACAGUCGGCCUAUCGAUCUUUCGGGUUCGUCGCUGCACUCAUGGAACGUGUACCGUUGAUUGGGCUUGUCUUUUCCAUCUCGAACCGGAUCGGUGCGGCCAUGUGGGCGCACGACUUGGAGAAACGUCAACAAAGGAUCCGCGCUUCCACACUUGCGUCGUCGUCAUCCUCCUCAAUCACGUCUGGCACCGAGGUGAAAGGGCUGGAAGAGUUUUCGUCGAAACCGACGCUCAAAAAGAUCUACAAGAACGUCCAGCAAGACGCGGCGAACCACGCGGUUUCGCUCCGAACCGUCGAGGACGAUGAUGGCAACUUCAAUGGUGAGGGUCUGGCGGUUGUGCGUUUUGCGAGAGGACAAGGAGUGUUUACACAUCUGUCGUUUACCUUUCCGUUGAAACUGAUUUCGCCGGCGAUUAGUUCCAGGAACGCUACCCGAGACGCGCUCCAGCGACCACAAGCGCGCGCGUGCAACACGCGCGUAAGCUCGACGACGGACGAGGGGGAGAAGGCAAGAGCGGGCGAGGAUGGUGAUGGCUGGAUCGGGGCCAAGGCUGUCAGUGCGCUGUACGUUGUCGGGUAUGGUGGAGGACUCGUUUCUGGCGAUAGUGUGGACCUUGAUAUCGACGUUGGAUCGCAGUGUUGUCUGCUCCUCCUCACUCAGGGUAGUACCAAGGUGUUCAAGACACGAACAUCACGCCCUACUCAAGGAGUUAGCACUGCCACAUUCAGCUCGACUUUAGCGUCUCACACACAGCGUGCGCAAUCGCUGGAUGACGGACAACUGAGUAUGACGCGGCAGAAUUUUCGGUUUCUCGUCCGCAAACAUUCGACACUGGUGCUGCUGCCGGAUGCGGUGACGUGCUUUGCUCGCGCGCGGUACGAUCAAGUGCAGCGCUUUGACUUGCGCGAUCACACGUCGUCAUGUGUGGUGCUCGACUGGAUCACACCAGGACGCACCGCGGUCGGCUCUGGAUCGUCUGCGUCGAACCCAAAGCUGGAUCAUCUCGACUCACACUCUUCUCACACAGGCACGAUGCUGAAAGACUACAGUACGCCAGCUCGAGACGCCGAGCUGUGGCAAUUCUCUCACUACCGAUCACGAAACGACGUGCGCGUCUCUAAACACGUGGUGGCACGAGACACAAUCCUGCUCUCUCAAACCGAGGAGCAUGAGUUUGUCGAUCCCAUCACUGGCUUGCGCUUCACCGAACUCGCAAGGCGCAAUCACCCGUAUGGGUGUUAUGCGACGCUCAUCCUGGCUGGCCCUGAUGCGGCCGAAAUCAUCCACUCGCUAGAGACCGAGUUCCACCGAGUGCAGCAACGUCCCACCACUUGGCUAGCACACGAUGCUCUCUGGUCGCUCAGUCGUCUAGAGCACAACGUCGUCAUUGUCAGAAUCGCCGCUAAUGACGCUCAGUCCGUCAGGCGCUGGCUGCAUUCCAGGUUGACUCCCUUACAGAACCUUAUUGGCUCAGAUCUGUAUCGUCAAGCUCUCGCAUAA